CGCCGCGCCUCCCCCGCUGCCCCUGUGGCGGCCGGGGGAGCAAGUGAAGUGAGGACGGAGGCCGCCUGUGUCCACCCGUGCUGGGCACCAGGGACCGCGAGACAGCACGGGCCCAGGUGGAGGGCUGACAGCGAACCCUGACAGGGCACCACCCUGCCAAAGCCCUGCUGGGUCCGGGAGCCACCCCGACCAGCCCUUGGGGCCUCAGGAGGGCAGCGACUUGUUUUUUUCCCUGUGGUUUUCUGGUUCCAGGCUCCUGUUGGGCAGUGCAGAGGAGCCAGUUGAGGUCUGGCCUCGGUGCUGGGCCAGCACAGUGUCCUGGCGCCUUGGCAGACCCUGAGCCUCUUGGGCUCAGUUUAGACCCCUUGCCUCUGCCCAGAGAACAUCCCGUCAGUCAACUACUUGUGGUGCCGCAGGUCCUAACCUUCCGAGCUGAGCGGAGGAAUGGGAAGGGCUUAUCCUGCCUGGCACAUGGCACAAUGCCAGAGGGAAGAGAGGCGCUGGCCGGCCGGGAGUAUUCCCCAAGAACGCUGGGGCGCCAGUCCUUCAGCCUGCCCUCCUUCCUUCUACAGCCCGAGACAGGAAAUUACACUCCUUUUCUUCCUGGACAGCCCUGGUUGAUAAGGACAGCGUUAGCCUCAGUAGAAGGCUCUUGAUACUUCCCUUUAAGAGCCAGGGCAGAAUUCAAGAGGUCAGUGUAAAGCUCUGGAAAGGGCUCUGGAGCCAGGCAUUGAGUUCCCAUUUUGGCCCAGUCUAGUCCAGUUCUGUGACCUUGGAUGUGUUACUUCCUCUUUCCUGGACUGUUUCUUCUUCCCUCCUGCAAUGUGAAGAGCCUGGUGAAAUUCCCUUAAUAAACUAGUCCAUCAAGGACGCAGACACAGGUGGUUCCAGUGUAUUGCUGUGCUGUGGGGCCCCAGACUGGGUGGCAGAGGAGGGUCCCAGUGCCUCUUGAGCCAGGCCCAGUGGCUGUAGAGAGAUGGGGUGAUUUGCCAGAGUGGCCCCAGAGACCCGGAGGGAGUGCACUGUGGUCAGGUGAAUGUGCAGGGCCAGCAGCACAUCUGGGGUAGAUAGAGUAGGAAAUAGCCAAGAGGACCCAGGGACCUCAGGGGGAUGGCAGGAUGCAUAGUCAAGGCCAUAGCAACUGUGCAGCUGCCCCAGGGUCUUCUAGUCACUGAUGAACACCCAGCUCUUAGGACUGUGCCCAGACACACCUCAUAGGCCUCCGUAAACCUGGGUUAGUUGUCCUCUGGAGCUGAGGUCAUGCCAGUAUUGGGCCUUGGUAUUUAGCGGUCUGCAGACUUGAUGACACUUGCCAUGCAUUUAGUGUCUGGUGUUGCCCUGAGUUCUUCAAGGCCCUGGGGCAGAGGUGGUUACCCCAUUUAGCAGGAUUGAAUGGAGGCUGGUCAGUGCUCACAAGCUCCAGGACCCACAGCACCAUCAGAACACUGUGCUGUGUUUAGUUACUGUGCUGGCCUUUGACUGCUGUACCACCCCUCUGCUGGCUUGAUUGUUUUGGCUAAGAGUCGAGUCAGAAGAGAUGAACCCGAUCUGAAGGCCUCUUAGUUGUAGAGUUGUGGUCUCUGGGUUCCCCAUUCUGUGGGGUGCACUGUCAUGAGAACUCCAUGCAGGGCUGCUGGCUGCCUCAAGGGACUCUUUGAGAACCAGCCUCCCAUUUUAGGGGUCCUGCAGCGUAGGGAGAGAUUCAUGCCAGCCAAGUGGAUGGGGGAAUUGGGGUUGUCACACUGCUAGUGCUGGCGGCCCUGUCCUAGGAGCUCAGAGAGCACAUGCCUUACUGCUAUGGAGGAGCCAACCAGCUUGAGCCCUGGCCCAGGUGGGCCAGGCCACUGGGGCCCUCCCCAGUGGUUUCCACACUUGCCUUUGCCAUCCCCUUUGCCCUCUCCCUGUGAGCUUGCAAACAGUGGCUUCUCUAUCCUGUGCUGAGGGGGGAGCCUGUCCAACCUCCCCCAGGAUGCCUGGCCUUGCAGUAGAUGAUACUAGGAACCCAGGGAAGAUCAGAUGAAGUCGCAGACUCAGUGCUCAGGGUCAGGCUGCUCAGAGCCAUUGAUUCCUGAGGGUGCUGUAGGGUUUGUGCUGGGCAGUGCUGCGAGUAGUCUGUGCCCUCCUUGAGGACAUACUCUGCUGGACGCUGUUUAGGACUUGCCAGGGGGUCCCAUGGCAGGAGCCACGGAGGUUAGGUAGCCAUCUUUCCUAGGGAACAGGUCUCACCCAUGUUAGCAGGCGCUGACAGGGAGCCAGUGCCAGCACCGAGAGACUGCAGACUGUGUCUCGGCUGGGGCUCUGUGGCUCUGGCAUCGCACCAGCCACACAGCCUGUCUCAACCUCUGGAUCAAAUGGCAGUGAUGGUGUUGACACCUUCACUGUGUCUGCUGCUGCUUGUCGAACUCUCAGCGUGCCUUAUCCUGUUGGAUCCCAAUCCUGGCCCUGGGAGCGCAGGACGGACACACAGGCAAAGCACCUUGCCCAGGUCACUGGCUGCUCUGGUGGGGCUGCUUGCUGACCCAGCAGCCUGCCUGGAGAGAUUGUCCUUGCGCCUCGCCAUCUCUCCUAGGUGUUAGGGGAUCAGGAGUGGAGCUUAUGUGCUUACGGCACUCUGUGCCUGCGGGUCUGGGGCUUGAUCUGUUGCCUCGGGGUAAGCAGGACAGUGGAGCUGGGGGAAGGGGCAGUUGGACAGCUUCCAGGCAGGGGCCAUUGAUGAUGGGGCUUGUCAGUGGGCACGCUGCCUCAGCAGAGAGCAAGCUAGAGAGGCGAGUGAGGUAGGGGCAAGUAUGUGUUGCUGGAAGGUUGAUGGGAGGGUGUACGCCCAACCAGAAAGUGCCCUGCUGGGGGCUGGUCUGUGCUUGUUCUUGCCUAUCUUUUAAUAUGCUUUUUUUUUUUUUUUUAAGGGGCACUAUAGAUUGAACCCAGGGGCACUUAACUACUGAGCUAUACCCUCUAGCCCCUUUUUAUUUUUAAUUUUGAGACAGGGUCUUGCUAAGUCACUAGAACCUCACCAAGUUGCUGAGGCUGGCCUUGAACUUUCUAUCCUCCUGCCUCAGCCUCCUGAGUAGCUGGGAUCACAGGUGUGUGCCAUCAUGUCUGGCAUGUAUGUUAAUUUUUAAGAGCAGUUUUAGGUUUGCAACAGAACUGAGUAAAAUUUGCAGGGCUCCUGUGUGUCCCUGUCUUUCUGCCCUCACCGUGGCCAUGUUUGUUAACCCUGAUGAACUCGCGUCACCUGUUACCACCAGAGUCCAUAGUAUACGUUCUGAAGAGUAAUCUGUUGGGUUUUAGCAGGUUUCAGUUAUUUGCCAGCAUUUGAGAAUCUGAGUGUUGGGAGUAGAUCUGAAGAUCAGCAUGCACAGAGGGCAGCCCGUGGCCAGGGAGGGGCAGGGUUGCUCCCCAGGAACCUGAGCUCCUGCCACUCCAGCUGCACUGCAGCUUCACAGUAGGUGAGGGUUCUAGAAAUGUCUUGUGGAGAAGGCGGGUGUGACUCCAGGGCAGGAGCCAUGUAUGUCCUGCUCAGUCAUGUGUGGGGAACCAGGGGGGCUGGGCACUGGUCUGCUGAGGCAGCAGAGGUGCCCAGCAUGUGACCUUGAGUGGGAAGAAGACUGGGAGAGGGGGAGCAGGUGCCCUGUGGUGCUCCCAGCCACCUUUAAAUGCAGCCUCAAAUGGACUGAAGCGCAGAUAGUGUUCUCAGAGAAUGUGGUCUAUCAGAAGUGGCUCCAGGGACGUAGACAUGGAGCUUCGGGAAGAGGCCUGGUCUCCAGGGCCACUGGAUUCUGAGGACCAGCAGAUGGCCAGUCACGAGAACCCAGUGGACAUACUCAUCAUGGAUGAUGACGACGUCCCCAGCUGGCCCCCGACCAAGCUCUCCCCACCCCAGUCUGCACCCCCGGCCGGGCCCCCACCCAGGCCACGGCCGCCCGCCCCCUACAUCUGCAACGAGUGCGGCAAGAGCUUCAGCCACUGGUCCAAGCUGACACGGCACCAGCGCACGCACACGGGCGAGCGGCCCAACGCCUGCAGCGACUGCGGCAAGACCUUUUCGCAGAGCUCGCACCUGGUGCAGCACCGGCGCAUCCACACGGGCGAGAAGCCCUACGCCUGCUCCGAGUGUGGCAAGCGCUUCAGCUGGAGCUCCAACCUCAUGCAGCACCAGCGCAUCCACACCGGCGAGAAGCCCUAUGCCUGCCCCGACUGCGGCCGCAGUUUCACGCAGAGCAAGAGCCUGGCCAAGCAUCGGCGCUCGCAUAGCGGCCUCAAGCCCUUUGUGUGUCCGCGCUGUGGCCGCGGUUUCAGCCAGCCAAAGAGCCUGGCUCGCCACCUGCGGCUGCACCCCGAGCUGUCGGGGCCUGGUGUGGCCGCCAAGGUGUUGGCAGCCAGUGUGCGCCGCGCUAAGGCGCCGGAGGAGGCAGCGGCGGCGGACGGCGAGAUCGCCAUCCCGGUGGGCGACGGCGAGGGCAUCAUCGUGGUGGGCGCGCCUGGCGAGAGCGCCGCGGCUGCCGCAGCUAUGGCCGGCGCAGGGGCACGGGCAUCUGGGCCGAGGUCACGGCGCGCCCCGGCUCCCAAGCCUUAUGUGUGCAUGGAGUGCGGGAAGGGCUUCGGGCAUGGGGCUGGGCUUCUGGCCCACCAGCGGGCUCAGCACGGGGACGGGCUGGGGGCGGCGGGCGGCGAGGAGCCUGCGCACAUCUGUGUGGAGUGUGGCGAGGGCUUCGUGCAGGGCGCUGCGCUCCGCAGACACAAGAAGAUCCACGCUGUGGGCGCGCCCUCGGUCUGCAGCAGCUGCGGACAGAGCUUCUACCGGGCUGGCGGGGAGGAUGAGGACGAGGACGCAGCCUCCGGCGGGCGCUGCACCGAGUGUCGUGGCACAGAGGGCCGGUAGGGGUGGGGGCGCCCGGGGGGGGGAGCAGGGCCCCUCGGGCUUGGCGGGGACUACAAGACCUGGAGGCCAGGGAGAAAUGGACAGAGGGGUGCGACCGGUGGCAUCCUCGUCUCCUGCCCCUGCUACUCGGCCUGCGCUGUCUUGGUGCGAGAGGACCUGUGGGCAUUAGGGCAAGAUGGUUUCUCAAGGUGCCCGCUGGCUCUCCCAACCCUGCCCUUUCUAGGUUCUCCGCCAGAGCUAGACAAUGUGAGAACUGUAGAGGUCAAGAGGCCAGACCCUCACUCGAGAGGCUGCCCCUCUCUUCCCACACUGUCUGGGAUGUUGUAAGGGAUGGAGGGAAGUCUGGCCUUUUGUAUUUAGAGGGUCCCAGAAAGGCGAGGGGAGAGGGGCCCUUUGCCCUCUUAGAGUUUUCUUUUAAUCAUACCCCUUACCCCCUCCCAUCCACUAUUUUUUCUGCCCUUCGAGUCCUAUUGAUUUUAUAGCCCAGGUUUUCCUCCUGCUCCUGGGUGUGGGGUAGCAGAGGAGUGAAGCAGAAGGAGACCCUACACCCAGGGUAGCCCCCUUCAGAGGAUGGGGUGCGCUGUCUGUUCUCUGGCGUGGGCAGGUGGAAGAAGGGGUGUGAGGGCAAUAAAUCACACUAUUCGAUUGUC